UCAGACUGCAUGGUGUAGAUCUGUGUGACAGGGGGUAGCUCUGUGGGGGUUAGUGAGUGGAUGAGGUGCGGCGACGGCGGCGGUGUUACGGCAUGGAAGGGGGGUUAUGGCGUUAUUUGUGGUGGAUGAUAAAAUGACGAUUAUUUUGGAGAUUUAUGGAUUCACGGGAGGGGCGAUAAGAGGGUGAGGGGGAAUUGGAACAAAGGGACUAUAGUUUCCCAAUAAAGCCAAUAAAGGGCGGGAAACUUGAAUAAUAGCGUCGCAUGGAACUUGGCCAGUGGGGAUUCUGCCCGGGAGCUUAAUCGGGCGGUGAGUGAGGAAGUUGGAAGGUGGAAAGUGGUGGCUUUGAGAAGCGACGUCAGAUGUCAGACUACGAUGUUUACCCCGUCAGUGAAGGUAAAUAUGAGGCAAUGACAUAUGCUGUGUAUUCGAUAUUUACUUGAUUGCUAGAGACACGCAAGGGUGUGCAUGCUGUAUGCCGUGCAUGGUGUGCAACAGCUACAGUAUGUCUCUGUCAUCCAAACUGUCAGACAUCAGCCGCCACCUUGUCACACCGGACAAUCCAGCCCGUGAAACAGGCACCUUAGACUACCAGCGUUGUGCCCUCCUACACAAUUUCCUCGUAGAAUACUCCUGGCUGGCAGAUGGCCAGUCGUUAGCUGAUCUCGACCGACGUUCAUUCUUUGAGCGCAAUGGGGACGAGGCCGAGAAGAUCCGUGAGCGACUAGACCCUGCGCUGAUAUCCUUCCUCGAAGCAGCAUACGAUGUGGAAGGCACCGUUUUCUACCUCUGGGUUGUGGGCAUCACUGCUCCAUCUCUGAUGUGGAUAAACCACUCCGGAGACGACGAGGGCGAGACGCUCACUCUUUACUGGACGAAUAACAUAUGCUCUCACACCAAUGGGCUAAUGUACCACCAGAAGCAAUGCAAGGCGACAAUGGCAAUGGGGAUUUUCGACAUGGACUUUUCACAGCCGAUCGAGGACCAUCCCGAGCUCUGGCACCCCCUCGAGACUGUCCUGAGCAAUUGGAUCCACAUGAUCCAGCUAGGCAAGAUCACAGCCACCCCAGAAGAGACUGAUUGCGAGAAGCAGGGAGUAUGGGCAUGGCAUUCUUAUGGCGAGGCACAGGUCGAAAAUACUGUCGCCGCGUUUAACCAGCUAGUGGAGGCGAUCGAGUCUCGCAUGCCAACAGAAUCACUCCGGCCGGCUCGCGAAGGACCGCUCCUCAGCGACAAAGACCUCGAUGCAGCAUCCGUCCCCAAAUCGUGCUUUGUGCGCGGAUUCUUGACCCGGGUUAGGGUCCCGCGCUUUGAGUUCAUUGCGCCAGGUCUCCUCGUCCCGCAUGAUCGCGAAGCCUUUGUUUCACGCCAAGUAUUCACCACAGUGGACACCUCCUCCAAUGACGACUACUACAGUGACAAGGCAAUCGUUCCACCGGUUUUGCUCUUCCGCGCGACAGACCUCACAGCAAACUUUGACUGGGACAACAAGUAUAGGUCACUCAACCCGUUUUGCCGCCCGUAUACAGUUGCGAAAGGGGACCACUCUGUCCCAGCAGGUUUGUAUAGCGAGUCAGUUCCGCGUUCAGUAAUAGAUUAUGCGGAAGAGGGUUUUCGACUUAUCUUGCCGUUUUCGCUGUGGGGGGAGGAGCGUGGGGCGAAGACGAGCAACGGGCAGGGCAUUGAGAAGGGAUCGGUGGCGGAUUUGUUUCAGCAUGGGUUUAAACCGUUUGGUGGUGAGUGGUGGCGGGCUCAGCGGCUGGAGAGGCUGUUUGGGAAGUGGACUGAACUUGUGGAGAGGGGCGUGUGGGAUGUCGAUGGAAGGGGUGUCGCGGGGACGAUUCUCAAGUUUGAUGAUGCGGAUAAGGGGGCAUGGAGGGACUAUUGCAUCGAGCCUGACUGGUGAUUAUUAUGAGAAUUAUGAUGGAGUCUAUAUUGAAUAAGGCUGAUAUUUAGGCCUGCUCUUUAUAUAUCCUCUCUCGAAUAGAUAUUUUGGAUUUAUUGCCACUUAUUUAUGAGAAUAUUUCAUUUUGCGACAAAGAACGUAAACUUGGUGUAGAGAGGGUCAGAACUGAG